AUGCUGGCUUUGGACAGGCAUUAUGCAUACUUGUGCGAUUCGCCAAACGGUCAGGAAGGGGCCCUCAACCGCGCUGCGAUGGAAAGGAGAAUAAGGACGCUUGAAGACGAGAUCCUUCAGAAUAGUUUAUUGAUGGAUAAGGUGCUGCGGGGUUUGGACACGACUUUUGGGGCAUCCGGUGUACUCUCGGUGAAGGAGCUGCGACGUUUGGCACAGACGGAGGCUUCGGAGAUCGGGGAGAGGCGGUCUCGUCAGCCCCCACCCCCGAUGUCGGAGUUCGCGAAGUCGAGGGUUUCCAACGCCGUGGACGGCGGCAGGCUGCAGGACCUUGUGGAGGCCGCGGUUGGCUAUGAAACCGGUUUCUUGAAGGAGGAAGAGAUGACGAUGGAUGGGUUACCGUUGGGGGUUCUAUCCCGACAAGGAAACGGAGGGAACCAGGGGUGGGAUUGGGGGUCUAGAUCGAGCACCAUGGACGAUUUCCUGGGCGGAAAUGAGGUAGAUAUCAUCGAGCCGGUCAAGCUCGACGUCGCCGAAGAGGUACGAGUGAACUCCUGCAAGAAGUGGUUCAAGGAACACGGAGUCACCCCCGGGGUGGACUGGGGCACCCUCCCGGCCCCCCAGCAGCAGCUGUGGGUGUUAUACCGCUGUGACGAUGUCGACCUAGAGGAGCCUCUGGUGGCGACAGCGGGGGACCCGGAUGUAGCGGUACCGGCACCCCUGCCCAAACCUGGAGACGUUGGGGACGUUGCAGGUGGCGUUGAGCCUCGGAAAGGCGGAGGACGAACAAGGUAGUAAGGGAGAGGACGGUGGUAGCAAAGCGGCGAGGAGCGCGACUUAGAGUAUAGGAAGGACGGGUCAGUGGCGGCAAUGGUCGGGGUGUGCGACGGAAACGGAUGGUGGUGGUGGUAGUCGACGACGGUCGGGAUAUUGGCAAGAUUGUUGUGGGUUGUUCUUUGAUUUGUGUCACACUUCUGUGUUUGUCGCGCCCCUUGUUUCGCUGACAUGUGUAGUAGGUAGAGAUUGUGACACUCUGCAUUCUUGUGAGGUAUUGUGAAGAAUCGUUUACCGCGUAUUUUGUGCGGUAGUCACGCGUGUAUAUAUGUUGGACAAUGUUUAGGAUCUAUUGGGAUCACCUGCCGCUUCUCGCGGAAUUUCACAUGUUCCUACUGCUCGGGUGCACAAGUUCAUGUUUGUGUUGUUGUGAAAUUGUUGUGUACUCUCGUGUCUGUAGAGUACGUACGUAUCUCUAGCGCCAGGGCUGAUAUCCUAUGUAUGUCAAUUUCCGGAUUAUGCUGUUGUGACGAAGACUUGCCAAUUUUUCCGACCGCAUUUGUUCUCCGUAGUGAAGCUGCAAUACACGCUCACUACUCUUCUCCUUGUCGUUGAAAGUGUUUUUGCGCUGUAGUUCGGGGGCACAAGUGUGUAUGCUGCGCGGCAGCUAUGCACAGCAGAGGUAGACACAACGACUACAACACCCCGACAUCAACGAUCGGCCACGUGGAAAACAAAGUUCUCGCAACUUCAUUUUGGCGUUGUUUUUGACACGAAGCGUUCGCUAGUCGAAUAUCAAUAAGCUGGCGAAGAUGGAGUUAACGGACCUUGGAAAGUUUCCACGGUUGUGGUAUGGCAGGAAAGGUGCGGCGUCAACAGUCACUGUUCUUCAAUCUUCAUGUGUCUCAUGAUUUGUGGCAGACACCAUGGUUUUCGGGACCUGUCGCCAGCCUUUUGACUUUUUUGCCGCCGACUCGAAACUGAUGAAAUAGUGGUUGUUCGUUCGUGUUGAUACAUCCCUGCCUGUGUCCUUGGACCCCCUGCAUAACUCAGAUUGUUAGUAAAUUCGGAUGCAUGGUGGGAUGAU